GCAGCCCGCCUUGCUCUCGGAGGGCGGAGUCAGGAUGCUCAGCCAAUGGGAGAAGGUGUUGUUGGCGGCCACGGCGGCGCAACUCCAAAGCAAGCGGAGGUACUGUCGCAGCCACUGCUGCAGGAGGCGUGAGGGGAUAAAACGUUCAGAUGGCAGAUAACAGUUUUUCAGAUGGGGUUCCUUCAGAUUCCGUGGAAGCUGCUAAAAAUGCAAGUAAUGCAGAAAAACUUACAGAUCAGGUGAUGCAGAAUCCACAAGUUUUGGCAGCUUUACAGGAACGACUUGACAAUGUCUCUCACACCCCUUCCAGCUACAUCGAAACUUUACCUAAAGCAGUAAAAAGAAGAAUUAAUGCAUUGAAACAGCUUCAGGUGAAAUGUGCUCAUAUAGAAGCCAAGUUCUAUGAAGAAGUUCAUGACCUGGAAAGGAAGUAUGCAGUAUUAUACCAGCCUCUCUUUGACAAGGGAGACGUGAAAAAUAAAGUUGUCAUAGCAGAAAAAGAAGCAGAAACUGCUGAAGAGCCAAACCCCAGAGGAAUCCCAGAGUUCUGGUUUACCAUCUUUAGAAAUGUAGAUAUGCUGAGUGAGUUAGUUCAGGAAUACGAUGAACCAAUCUUGAAACACCUGCAAGAUAUUAAAGUGAAGUUUUCUGAUCCUGGACAACCUAUGUCUUUUGUAUUAGAGUUCCACUUUGAGCCCAACGACUACUUUACCAACUCAGUCCUGACAAAAACAUACAAGAUGAAGUCAGAGCCAGAUAAGGCCGACCCCUUUUCCUUUGAAGGUCCUGAAAUCGUUGACUGUGAUGGAUGUACUAUUGACUGGAAAAAAGGAAAGAAUGUUACAGUCAAAACCAUCAAGAAAAAGCAGAAGCACAAGGGUCGAGGCACCGUGAGAACGAUUACUAAACAAGUACCCAAUGAGUCGUUUUUCAACUUCUUCAAUCCACUGAAAGCAUCUGGUGAUGGAGAAUCACUGGAUGAAGAUUCUGAAUUCACACUGGCCUCUGAUUUUGAAAUCGGACACUUCUUCCGUGAGAGGAUUGUCCCAAGGGCAGUGCUUUACUUCACUGGGGAGGCCAUUGAGGAUGAUGACAAUUUUGAAGAGGGUGAAGAAGGAGAAGAGGAGGAAUUAGAAGGUGACGAGGAGGGAGAAGAUGAGGAUGAUGCCGAAAUUAACCCCAAGAAAGAACCCAGCCAGCCAGCGGAAUGCAAGCAGCAGUGAGAGGCGGGCCCUGCCAUGGGUGGUCACCUCACAUACUGCCUGUCAGGACUUGGCCCCCAGGCAGGGGCCUAGGUCCUGCUCACCAUCCUGUCGACAGUGCUUAUUACAUCUAACUCGUUUUCAAGUGCAUGAUUUUCACUUUCACUUUUGCUUUUUCCUUAUUUUGCUUAACUUGUACAGUGGCAACUGAAAUGCAUUUCAGAAGUAGGAGGUUUAGUUCCAGCACCCUCUACAGCCUUGGUGCCUGCAGCUCUGGACUUCCUUAGGCCCUGCCCUUUGGGAGGGCCCCUAGACCACAUGGGGUGGACUGGGAGGUCAUUCUGCUAAAGGGCUGAGGUCUAGUGAUGUCUGGGGCAUCUAGAACCUCUUCUACCAGCCCUGUGGUCAGAUAGACUCUUCCCUUCAUUUGAAGAGACCCACAUGCUAUUCCAGCCACUUAACCUGCUGAGUGUGAGCUGCUUCUGCUAUCGUGUUCUAAUCAUCUCAGAAGAGCCAUGUAGAGUAAGGUCCUGUUCUCCUUAGGAUGUUUUUUCCUUGUGUGUUUUUUUUUUCUAGGGGUGGGGGUGGGAUUAUGGCACACACCGACUCUGAGGCGAGCACUGCAGGGUCAUCCUCGUAUUUAUUUAUUCAUCCAUGCUGUGAGGACUUAGCACUCACAGUGUGGGUUAUUCUCCCAACUUUGGAACAUGUUGAUGACUUGAGCAGGAAGAUGUGCAUCUCCUUACGGGAGGGAGGCCUGUGUAGAAGAAACAAGCUGCUUCCCGCUGCUGAAGGCCGGAGUUUGUUCUCAUGACAUGCAGACUUUGUGCUGCUGACGGGGAGCGCAGGUGUUGCUAGAGCGCCAGUGUCCUUCAUUUUCCUGGAGAGGGCUAGACUGCCUGGCGCAGCUUUUCAUUUCAGUGUAAGCGUCAAGUCUUGCUGUCUCAGUGGUUCCAUUUCCAGCCCCAUCAUUUGUCCUGUCUUAAAAGCCUUGGGUGUGGCCUGACUGGUUGGCAGCUGGUAUGGUAGGGUUUUGAGUGUGUGACAGUGGUCUCUGGUAGCUGGGACCACUGUGUCCACACUGUGACCAGGCAUGUAGGACUGUGCUCAGCCUUACCUUGUAACACAUUUGUAACUGAAUACGGUGUUCUCAAUUUGUACAGAAUAGUUAGAAUAUUCUAUUAAAGUUGUGA